AUGUACACGCGUUCGAUCGAAGACCCUGAGCAGUUCUGGGGGGAGCUCGCUCGAGCGAACUUGGACUGGUUCCGAGACUUUGAUCAGACCGUCACGGGCGCGAUCGGCAAGGGCGACAUGGCUUGGUUUCUCAACGGUCAGACGAACGUGAGUGUCAACUGCAUUGACCGCCACGUCAAGACACACGCAGACAAGGUGGCGAUUAUCUGGGAAGCCGAUGAGGUUGGCCAGGGCCGCAAGAUCACGUACGCUGAGCUACUGGAAGAGACGUGCCGGGUCGCCAAUGCCAUGAAACAUGCAGGGGUCAAGAAGGGCGACACGGUCGCUAUCUACAUGCCCAUGAUCCCUGAAAUUGCCUUUGUCAUGCUGGCUUGCACUCGUAUCGGAGCUGUGCACAGUGCAACGACCUGA